AUGUGCGGCCGAUAUGCACUGGCCCUGCGGCCCUCUGAGGUGCGCCGUCAGCUGGAGCAGUCGCAUAUGGCAGUUGACGACGCCCCAGACGACGACUACACAGGACUUCGACAGAGCUACAAUUUCGCCCCCGGCUACCAUGGCCUUGUCUACCGAGCAGGUAGUCCCGGCUUUGGAAGGAGCAAGCCAACGGACGAGACGGUCCGGAAGGAAGGCAUGAAGGCGGACGACGAGGUCGCGCCUGCCCCAGCCGUUCCAGCGGAGGGGCACCACAACACAAAAUACAACCUGCAGGCUAUGAAAUGGGGUCUCGUCCCCUUCUGGACCAAGCGCAACCCCGACUAUGCAUCUAUGAUGAGGACUAUCAACUGUCGUGACGACUCGUUAUACGAGGAUCGUGGCAUGUGGACAAGCAUGAAAAAGAAGAAGCGCUGUAUUGUCGUCGCACAGGGCUUCUACGAAUGGCUAAAGAAGAACAACGGCAAGGAAAAGAUACCGCAUUUCACUAGGCGCAAGGAUGGUCAGUUGAUGUGCUUUGCUGGCCUGUGGGAUUGUGUAAAGUUCGAAGGUUGGUCCUACUCUCCUGCAUGUUGUAAUCGCGCAUCUCAUCUCAGAUGUGCCACGUUUUCCUUGCCCCGUGUCGCCUGGCCUAUGCUGAGACUGACACUCGCUCUCCCCCCAGACUCUGACGAGCUGCUUUACACCUAUGCUAUCGUCACUACCGACUCAAACAAGCAACUCAACUUCUUGCACGACCGCAUGCCUGUCAUCCUUGAAAAUGGCUCGGAGGCGAUCAGGACCUGGUUGGACCCCAACCGCUCUGAAUGGAGUAAGGACUUGCAAUCGCUCUUACAGCCUUAUGAAGGUGAGCUGGAGUGCUAUCCGGUAAGCAAAGAAGUGGGCAAAGUCGGUAACAACUCGCCCGCGUUUGUCGUGCCUAUCAAUAGCGCUGAAAACAAGAAUAAUAUUGCAAACUUCUUUGGGAAUCAACGAAAGGCCGUCAAAGCCAAGGAGACCGAGAAUGCCAUCGGUAAAGUGGAGCGUGACUUGGAGGCCUCGAAGACGAAAGGAGUUAAAAUCGAACACGGCGUCAAUGACUCUCGUGAAACUAAGAUCCGCGUAGAGGGAACCGAAGAGAAUGCGCCAUUGUCAGUACCAGCCUCAUUGCCUCCUUUGGCUGCCGAGGCUUCAAAGGGCAUUAAGCGGGACCGCAGCGAAGGAGGCGACGACGAUGAUGGUGAUGCAACAGCAGGUGUUCCCCAAGAAAAGCGGAUGAUCCCCAGCAGUCCGGCGAAGGGCGAUGGCAGUCGGAAAAUCACGUCGUUUUUCAGUAAGUGA